GCUCUUCUUUUCCUGAGUAGAGAUAGUAAUGUCUGGCCACCCGCUUGCAAGCAGUAAUAUAAGGCUUUCCGGUUGACAGCAGGGUUAGUGUAUAGUGGAAAGUGCCCUUAACCUGAGGUUCGAGGCUUGUACUGUGUCGGACUGAGGAAAGUGUUGCAGCAGAACUUUCCAGUAGAAUAAUGCAAUAUUCUAGACUGAUUGUCCUUUUGUGAAAAGUUAACUUAAUUAUCAUAAGUGAUAUAAUGGAUAACUUACGGGGAGUCAUUUUAUUCUUGCUAUAUUUUUCUAAGAAUGUGCAUUCACUCAGCUUGCAAGGGCCUGGUUCACGCGCGUCGGUAGAUAAGAAUUCAUCUGAGUUGUAUGUCCCUUCUUGUUGGGCAUCCACGCGCGAUUCCCUCCUCCAGGGCCCUGUGCCGCCUGUGCAGUAUCCAAAUACAUCUGCCACUGACCUAGUAUGGGGGCCUCAAGUGAAUGUUACGUGUACAACUGGUGAAAAGAAAAGUAUAUUUCUAAACUCGUCACACUUAUAUGUAGAUGAUGGUAAAGUUAUGCUUGGUUGGAAGAUUGGUAGAAAUUCAGGGGAUACAUAUACAUACUGUGUGAAUUCCCUGGCUACUACGGAAACAAGUGAAAAUGGCCCAACUUAUACAGCCCUCUUUUGCUACACAGACCCGUGCAAGAGCAGAGUCUGUGUGGACAAGUGCUGCCCUCGCGGGGAAUUAUUAGGAGAACAGCGUUGCAUCACAAACAACUCGAGUCAGAGUGACUGGGUGCCUAAAGUCCACGACCAUAAUGAGGAACCUUUCUAUGUUAACAACAUUAAUUUUAAAGAAUUACAAAAAAUUACCUUUUCUAUAAAGGAAUUUACUCUUGAGAAAAAUGGUUCCCUCACAGCGUUUGAAAGUGCACCCCCCCGAGGUUUUUGUAUAGACCACUUCCGUAACAAUGGGACGGUGACAGAAUUGGCUUUAGUGUACGGUGGGGACAGUUCUGAUUACCCUGACUGCUCGUGGAAAACUGAAGUCCUGGACAUCAUUAUGUUCGGUGUUUCGAGCAUAUUUGUGGCACUGACUCUUUCUGUGUACUUGGGCGUCCCUCGUAUGCGAAGCAAAGAACACCACUGGCCUCUCAUAUGCAUGCUGCUGUCUCUCCUUGUGACCUUCAUCUUACACAUAUGUCUUAGGAAAAUGAGAGAUCAACUGGGCCCUAUGUGCAGACAUUUAGGCAUGCUGGUUCUCAUGUUCACUCUUGCAACAUUCUUCUGGCUGAACGUGAUGUCUUGGAGCGUCUGGCACAAGUUACGGUCUCCCCGUUUAUCUACCUUGGACAAAAAGACCUUCGCGUUGUCCAAUGUCUACGCCUGGGGUGUACCGCUGAUCGUCUAUGGCGUAGGCUACGCGAUGGAUGCCCUGGCUCCCGGGGACUACAGCCCGAACUUCAAAGAUUCUCACUGUUGGUUCGAAGGUGACAACACAGCGAAAUGGAUGUAUUACUAUGGGUUCAUAGCAGUGAUCCAGGCAGUGAACAUAUUUUUCUUCCUUCAAAUUGUUUGUCAAAUGACACUGUGGCAAAAGAAGAAGCCCUCAUCUCAUACUAUUCAACGAAGGACAUGUUUCUUGCCACCACUAUACGUUAAUCUCGCCAUCAUAAUGGGGAUAACCUGGACCCUGGAAUUAUUUUCUUAUCCCGACAAAUGUGGACCUGGUCAGGUACUGCUCGACGUUAUCAACGGCCUUCAGGGUCCUUUCAUAUUUGUUGUGACAGUUUGCAAUCGGAACAAGUGGAAGGAGGUGAGAAGCAGUGUAACGACUUCACUAAGAAAAAUCACCAAUGAAACGAGACUGUAAUUGUAAUAAUUUAUCUGACAGAACUUAAAGUCAAUCAAUAAGAAGUCUAUCUAAAUCUUUAUCUCUCUCUCUCUGUCUGUCUCUUUCUCUCUCUCUCUCUCUCUCUCUCUCU